CGCAUAUUUGUUCUCUCUCAGAUGAUCUGAGGAAAAAAAAAAAAUCUCUGUUUCUUCUUCUUCGUUCGCUCGUCUCUCUCGCCCCGUUUCCAUCAAUGGCGGCCAUUUCUGGCUCGUUGGUUCUGUCGAAGAAUUCUGAACUUCAUCCAUCAUCUGGCCUUCCUCUGAAGCAACGUAGUCUAGUCCUUGGAGGUGCAUCCUCAGUCAAUGUUCCUAUUGGAUUGAAUGGCUCCAACAAUCUGCAGUUUUCUGCUUCCAGAAGCAGAAAGCCCCUUACCGUCCGGGCAGUAUACAGAAAUGAUGAAGGGCCAGGCAGCACAGGCCUAUUUGUUGGAGGAUUUAUUUUGGGAGGACUCAUAGUCGGUGCACUUGGAUGUGUGUUCGCUCCUGAGAUCAGCAAGGCUUUAGCUGGAGCAGACCGGAAGGAUCUCAUGAGGAAAUUGCCCAAAUUCAUAUAUGACGAGGAAAAGGCUUUGGAGAAGACACGAAAGGUAUUAGCCGAAAAGAUUGCUCAGCUCAACUCCGCUAUCGACGGGGUAUCAUCUCAGCUCCGAUCGGAGGACGACACCCCCAAUGGCGCCGCCAGCAACACCGAUGAAUUCGAGGCUACCGUGUGAGAUCUUCUGUUCUAGUCCCUAAUCUCAAGUGAUACAUUGAUCGUGUGUUUUGACCUAGUGAUGUACAAUCUCAUUCCCCCCCCCC